CGGUACCCGUCUGCGCCCGGCCACGUGACCCAAACAGACCGGGUGCUUCCGUUUCCGGUCGGCUUCCACCGCAGCGGUGUCCCGGUCCGCGCGGCGGCGCCAUGGCGGAGCUGACGGCGCUGGAGAGUCUCAUCGAGAUGGGCUUCGCCCGGGGACGCGCGGAGAAGGCUCUGGCCCUCACGGGGAACCAGGGCAUCGAGGCCGCGAUGGACUGGCUCAUGGAGCACGAGGACGACCCCGAGGCCGACGAGCCGCCGCCCGCCCCGCGCGGGAGCGCCUUGGGCGGGGAGCCGGGACCGGAAGGGCCCGGGGCGGCCGCCGGGGAGAGGAGACCGGCCCUGACGGAAGAGGAGCGACAGGAGCAGACCAAGAGGAUGAUGGAGCUGGUGGCCCAGAAGCAGCGGGAACGGGAAGAAAGGGAGGAGCGAGAGGCCUUAGAACGAGAAAAGCAACGCAGGAGACAAGGGCAGGAGCUGACAGCUGCUCGACAGAGACUACAGGAAGAUGAGAUGCGCCGGGCUGCGGAGGAGCGAAGGAGGGAGAAGGCUGAAGAGUUAGCAGCCAGACAGAGGGUUCGAGAAAAGAUCGAAAGAGACAAGGCAGAGAGAGCGAAGAAGUAUGGUGGCAAUGUGGGUCCUCAGCCAUCCCUGCCAGUGACAGAGCCAGGUCCUGUUCCCUCUUCUCCCAGCCAGGAGCCUCCCACCAAGCGGGAGUAUGACCAGUGUCGCAUCCAGGUCAGGCUGCCAGAUGGGACCUCACUGACCCAGACUUUCCAGGCCCGGGAACAGUUGGCGGCCGUGAGACUCUAUGUGGAGCUGCACCGAGGGGGAGAGCCUGGAGGGGCUCAGGAUCCUGUGCAGCUGCUCAGCGGCUUCCCUAGACGAGCCUUCUCCGAGGCUGACAUGGAGCGGCCCCUACAGGAGCUGGGACUUGUGCCUUCUGCUGUACUCAUUGUGGCCAAGAAAUGUCCCAGCUGAAGAGCCUUUAUCCCACCAUCCUUUUUGACCUUUAUCUUUGCUAAGGCGCUGACAUCUCCACCCUAAUAAACAGACCCCAUGUGUUCUGUA